AUGGCUGCGGCGGUCGCGAACGGGCGCGAGGAGCCGCUCCCGUACUACGGCGAGGAGCAGGAACCCGCACCACCCUCGAGUCGCUUAUGCGUCAAAAAUAUCCCCAAGCAUCUCAAAGAAGACCGUCUUCGGGAGCACUUCGCCGAGCGCGGCGAGGUGACCGAUGUCAAGAUCCUCAAGACCGGGGACGGCAAGUCGCGCCAGAUGGCCUUCGUCGGGUACAAGACCACCGCGGACGCGGUCAAGGCGCUGGAGUACUUCCACAACACCUUCAUAGACACGAGCAGGGUGCAGGUGGAGUACGCGAGGGCGGUCAAGUCCGCGCAGCUCCCGCGACCGUGGAGCAAGCACUCGGAGGGAUCUUCCGCGCACCGCAGGACGCACGAGACUCCGGAGGAGCGCGCGGCGCGGGAGGCCAAGGCGGCCGACGCCGAGCGGUUCAUCGGCGUGCGCGAGCUCAAGAAGAUGAAGCGCGCGAAGAAGGAAGCCUUCGAGAAAGAGAUCGACGACGCCAUCGCCGCGGAUCCGAAGCUGACCGAGUUCAUGAGGCUCAUGGCGCCGCGCUCGCAGCAGCGCAUGUGGGAUAACCAGGCGGCUGACGUGGAGGCGGAGCGCGCCGCGGGGGGCCGGUACGCCGCUGGAAAGCGAAGGAACGAGAAGACGAAAAAGACGAAAAAGACAAAGACGAAGGAAGGACCGAAGCGGCGCAAGACGGGGCGGGAGAUGUCGGACGAGAGCGAGAGCGACGAGUCGGACUCGGACGAGAGGGUCGACGACGACGCCGACGACGAGGAGCUCGACGACCUCGACUACCUUCGGAGAAAAUCGGCAAAGAACUUUAGCGACUCAGAGGACGACGAGGGCGAGGAGGGCGAGGACGGAGAGGACGGGGACGAGGACAGCGAGUUCGACAGUGACAUGGAGGGCAUCGACGACCUGGAGGACGAUCCCGGCGCCUCGGAGGAGGACGAGGACGAGGAGGGCGAGGACGAGGAUGGCGAGGAAGGGGCUGAGAAGGCUGACGCGUCCACCCCCGACAAGAAACCCAAGGCGACCGACGAGCCAAAGAAGGACGACAAGCCGAAGGUCGAGGAGGUCACCGCGGAGGACAUGGAGGCGGUCGCGGAGACCGGCCGAUUGUUCGUCCGCAACCUCCCGUUCACCGCCACCGAGGAGGAAGUCGCCGCGCAUUUCGCCCCUUACGGCAACCUCGCCGGCGUGUUCAUCCUCGCCGAUAAGGCCACGAAGAGGAGCAAGGGACUGGCGUACAUAACGUACGCCCUGCCGGAGAACGCGUCGCGGGCGAUGGAAGAGCUCGACGGGAGCAUCUUCCAGGGCCGACUCAUCCACCUCCUGCCCGCGAGGCGCCCGCCCUCCGGUGACGCGGUUGGAGCAAAUUUGAACGGUGAAAAUUUCAACGGCGAAGACGGCGCGGACGGAAAUUUCAAGCGGAGUCGCGAGGAGCGGCUCAAGAGGGACGCGGGCACCAACCGCGCGGCUUGGAACUCCCUGUUCAUGCGCCAGGACACCGUCGCGGCGGCCGUCGCGGCCAAGUACGGGGUCAGCAAGGCUGACCUCCUCGAGAGCGGCGAAAACGACGUGGCGGUUCGAAUGGCGCUCGGCGAGGCGCAGGUCAUCGCUGACACCAAAGACCAGCUCUCCGCCGCGGGGGUGGACCCUGGCGCUCUGGAAGCCGCCGCGGCUUCGAGCGGGGCGAACGCGAACAAGAGCGGGGGCGGCGUCGGCGGCGUGAAGCGCAGCAACGUGGCGAUACUCUUGAAGAACCUUCCGUUUGAGUCGGAGGUUAACGAGCUUCGCGGGCUGUGCGAGCGGUUUGGCGGGGUGGCCCGGAUGGUGUUGCCGGACACGAAGACCAUCGCCGUCGUCGAGUGGCUGGAACCCGGCGACGCGAGGAAGGCGUUCAAGGGCCUCGCGUACAAGCGGUACAGGCACGUGCCCAUCUACGUCGAGUGGGCGCCCGAGGGGAUCUUCACCGGCGACCAGCCCGUGGGAACAGUCAACGGCGCCCCGGCUCGGACGCCCAAGAUCGACGGCGGCGGUUUGGGCCUCCAGAAGAUGCGGGAGAGGGACGCCAUCGUGAACGCCAAGGCGAAAAAUUCAGACGACGACGACGACGACACCGCGGGCGACGCGGAGGCCACGCGGCUCUUCGUCAAGGGCCUAUCUUUCAACACGACGGAUGCGAGCCUUCGAGCUCACUUUCUUCGCGCCGCCGCCGCCGCCUCCGGUCGGGUGUUGGCGGCGACGGUGGCGACGCAGAAGGGUCCGGGCGGCGCGAACCUGUCCCGCGGGUAUGGUUUCGUCGAGUUUGACUCCCCGGGCGCGGCGAGGUCCGCGAAGCGCGCGAUGCAGGGCAAAGAGCUGGACGGCCGCGCGCUCAGGCUCGAGAUUUCGUCACGCGGCGGCGGCGGCGGCGGCGGCGGCGGCGGCGGCGGCGGCGACGAUAAGGAUAAGGAUAAGGUUCCCAAGGGCACGAGCGCGACGAAGAUCGUCGUUCGUAACGUGGCGUUCGAGGCCACGAAACGCGACAUUCAGAAGCUCUUCAACCCCUUCGGCACGCUCAAAUCGUGCCGCCUGCCGAAGAAGUUUGACGGCUCGCACCGGGGUUUCGCGUUUGUCGAGUUGUCCACCAAGCGCGAGGCGUCGGCGGCGCUCGAGGCGCUCGCGGGGACGCACCUGUACGGGCGCAGGCUCACAAUCGAGCGCGCCGCGGAGAGCGAUGACGUAGAGACCAUUCGGGAGAAGACGGCGGCGAGGUUCGAAGCCGGCGAACAGGGUCACGCCGCCGCGGAGGGGCAGUUCAUGCCAGUCGCGAAGAGACGCAAGAAUCGGUGA